AUGGCAAGUCCUACAUUAGAACUAGCUAAACGAGAGAUUGACGAAUCCUUAAAAUUGAGUACGUCGUGCAUGUUCCUGAUAGGAUUCUCGUUAAAAACACCCGCUGACCCCUCGACAGCGCUACGAAUUAAAAUAGUAUUCGUAGCGACCAUUAUUGGCGUGAGUUUACAUGCUCUCAGUGAACUAGCAUUUCUAUGUGUUACAAUUGCAAAUUCACCACGCGUCGAAUACGUUGCUCCACUUCUUCACACCGUGGGAUACGGUAUUUUAAGUAUUUGUAAGAUAUCAGCGUUAUUCAGCAAAAGAAAUGUGUUUGCCCGACUUCUCAAUGAUCUGAGGACAAUAUGGCCAGUCUAUACAAACGAAGAGACACAGAACAUUAAAAGCAGAAGUUUACGUGCCUUGCGAAUUGCACAUCUAAGUUACUUCGCUCUGAAUGAAUCAGGAGUAUUGUUUUACAUCAUUACGCCCGUAGUUCUGUAUUUGUUCAAUGUCUUGCGGGGACAAGAAUAUCAUAUUAGAACUGUGUGGAGGUCGUGGUACCCCUUCGAUAUUUAUUCCAGUAUAUUACUACAUACCGUCAUUUACAUCUUUGAAAUUUUUUCAGGCCAAUCAUGUGUAUGGGCGAUGAUAUGUUCGGAUCUAUUGUUUUCGGGAAUGGCGAGUCACAUAGUAUUGAUACUAGAAGUCCUACAGAAGCGCCUUCAGCUACUGGGAUGUGCUGUGAAGAGUGAUACUGAAAAUUACCAAGACAUCGUGGAUUGUGUUAAGUUACAUCAAAAAUUGAUCAGGUACUGCAAUGAUCUAGAAGAUGCAUUUUCGUUUGUUAAUCUGAUUAACAUCUUCUUAAGCUCCGUUAACAUCUGUUGUGUCGUUUUUGUUAUAGUGUUACUGGAACCACUAAUGGCGAUGAGUAAUAAGCUAUUCUUCGCAGCUUCUGUCAUUCAGAUUGGUGUAAUUUGCUGGUAUGGCGAAAAUAUUAUUCACGCUAAUGCAAAUGUAGCACAAGCAGCUUACGACAGUAAAUGGUACAAUUUAAAUCCCAAAUGUAGACGCAGUCUCGCUUUUCUUAUACAAAGAUCACAAAAGCCGAUCGCAUUCACAGCAAUGAAGUUUACCAAUAUUUCGCUCGUCACUUAUUCGGCGAUACUGACGCGGUCAUAUUCAUACUUUGCUCUUCUCUACACAAUGUACAGUGAAAAUUGAAUUUACUUCUCAUUUCCCAAGUCAGCGAUGAGACCGAGACUUGCUUA